ACAGCUGAAUUGGAUUGGAUUUUAGUUCUGGUAGUUGAAUAGUGGAAUGACAGGUCUUAUUUUUGCUACUCUUCUGGUGCUGAUUUUUGAGGGAGCAUCGGCUCAAGCAAAUCCCUCUUGUGAAAAAUUACCAGACAUCAAAGGAUUUCCUGAUAACACAUCCUGUUGCGAUUUCCCCCAAUUGUACACCCAAAGUACACUCGAUGCAUGCCAAAAUGAAAUUGGCGACAAAACGAAGAAUGACGAUGUUAAACACUGUAAACUGGUUGAGUGCAUUUUCCGAAAGAACAAACUUAUAAAAUCGGACGGCUCUUUGGAUAAAGAAACCAUCGGAAAGUACUUGGAAGAGCUUCUAUCGGACAAACCGGAUCUGCUCAAGUUUGUCAAGCCAAUUGCCACCGACUAUUGUUUGAAUGCCAUCGAAAAUGGAUAUCCAAAAAUGGUGGAAUACUUCAAGGCGAACAAAAUGUUUGUCCCUCUGGAAUCGCAAUGCAGUUCUCUGAAGCCAAACCUGAUGGCUUUCUGCAUUCCAGUUCAGAUUUUGUCGGACUGCCCAGCCAGUAUUUCGAACAACAAUAGCAAAUGUCAGGAAUGGAAGAAAUAUUCUAAAACGUGUUCCGGUUCAGUGGAUGAUAUGUUGGAGUUUUUGAAGCAAUUGAACAACAUAAAUAGCGCAAGAAAGUAAACCUUUGACCUUUGAAACCAAAUCUCAAAUGUAUGAUUCUAAAAAUAAGUGAACGGGUUCGUCGUUUGCAUUUUGGCGUUGAAAUUCUGUGUUGAUUUGAAAAAAAAAAGGUUUUCGCUAUGCGCAAUUCAUCAAUUAAAUUAAAUUUUCUACCAAUCACAUUUUUUUUUAAAUUCUUGUUUUGUUAUCCAGCUUUCUAUUCCGUAACAAUAAAUUCACUCGUUUAAAAAAAAAACACACACACACAACUUACAAUCAAACUUUCGAAACUAAAUCGCAUCUAAAGUCCUACGGGAUCACUGAUGUUGUUUUCCACUUGUUUUGGUUAUUUCUGGCCAUUUGUUAAUGACUUAAAUCGGAUUAUUUCCAUUGAAUUUCACAAGCAAAACUUUUGAAUUCGGCUGUUUUUUGAGACGUAAACAAAUGUGCAACAACCAACGCAUAGAACAAGUCAGCGCCUACUGGAGGAACAUUCUGGUAGCACUUAAUUGAGAAUUUUAAGUAUUCUUAACUAAUUUUCGUGCAUCGAUUAUACUAGAAA